CUCCCCUUCUUUUUUUAUUUCCUUUCCUCGUUUCGUACACGGACAAGAUCCCCGAGUGGUGUGGUUAUAUGUUUCAUGCGCGCGCAAGCCGCUCGUCGCGCAGCGGGUCGGACCAGUGGUGAAACACGACCAAGAAGAAAGAUAGUAACGCUGUGUGCUGUUGUGCGUGCGGGGAGUGUGCAAUAUUUUGAUUACACCAGGGAUAAAAACAUCACGAAGGCAAACACGAGGGGCAUCGUGAAGCUCCCCGAGCACGAGAUAUGGAUUGGGCGCUGAAGGCUCGCAUCACGUACAAAGCGAAUCGUUGCGUGAGCGGGGGCCGUGGCCGCGGAAUCGGCGCGACUGGCGGUACCGGAGGCGGUCUAGGUAACGGAGGCAGCGGCCGCGGGGGNNUAGGUGGAGGAGGAGGAGGCGGCGGAGGAGGAGGAGGCGGAGGAGGCGGCGGAGGAACAGAAGGUGGCGCGGUGCCUGCUACGCCACCAGCCAUCAGCCAUUACCACCACCACCACCAUCACCAUCACCAUUAUCACCACCUCGUCACCACGACCACCACGAACACCACCACCACCACCACUGGCGUCACCAGGCACCUCAGGCACAAGCUACCCCUUAGCAAGCAGUGCCACGAACACCGUCAUCAGCACCGGCAUCACCAUCGGUCCCCCUAUCGGACCUUAAACAUGGGCCAAAAGAUUUCAGGCGGCGUGAAAAUUUCCACACGCGAGGCUGCAUCUGGAGCUGUCGGUGGAGUCGGCGUCGGCAGUGGCGGCGUCGUAGCGUACAAAGCCGUGGUACCAAGAGAGCUGGCGCAACACUUCGCGAGGCCGCCACGGCUCGAUGUUCUUCUCGACAUGCCACCUGCCUCGCGGGAGACGCAGAUUUAUCAUGGAUGGAACAUCUACGACCGUAGCCUCAAUAUAUUCGUCAAGAACGAUGACAUGUUAACGUUUCACCGGCAUCCCGUUGCCCAGAGCACAGACUGUAUAAGAGGGAAGAUAGGCUACACGAAAGGUAUGCACGUCUGGGAGUUGUUCUGGAGCACGAGGCAAAGAGGCACGCACGCCGUAGUGGGCGUCGCGACGGCAGACGCACCCCUUCACAGCGUCGGUUAUCAGAGCCUGGUUGGUAAUAACGAUCAGAGCUGGGGCUGGGAUCUCGGUAGGAACAAACUCCUCCACGACUCGAAGAACAAUGCCGGUAUCACGUAUCCAGCUCUCCUCAAGCCCGAUGAAACGUUCAUCGUUCCUGACAAAUUCCUCGUCGUCCUAGACAUGGACGAGGGUACGUUAGCGUUCGUCGUGGAUGAUCAGUACCUUGGAGUCGCGUUCAAAGGCCUGAAAGGCAAGAAGCUGCAUCCUAUUGUCUCAGCUGUCUGGGGACAUUGUGAGAUCACGAUGAAAUACAUCGGUGGACUUGAUCCUGAACCUCUGCCCUUGAUGGAUCUCUGUCGAAGAGUAAUCCGGAAACGAAUCGGUAAAGAGACGAUCGAAGAAAAGGUGAACGAGCUGAGCCUGCCGUUAGCGGUGAAGAGUUAUCUCCUGUAUCGUGACAGGAGGUAACCACCGAGUGCUAGCUCUGUAACCACUACCACCACCACGAUUACGACUGUGAACACCACUGCGUUAUUAAACCGUUGCCACCACGACGCACAGGGGAACGCCCGCUACCCCGUUGCAUGCCACAGAGCACACCAGCCCAUAAGCCGUUUGUGCGAUCUAUGGUGUUUGUAUCCGUGUCAGGAUAAGUGGAGACGAGCACGAUCGUCUUCGUCGUGGUCGCGCGCCUUGUCGUCGUCGUCGUCGUCGUCGUCUUCGUCCUCGUC